AUGGCUGUCACUGAGUUCCCUCCGCUUCUUUCCGAAGAUGAUUUCCAAAAAUAUGAAGUUCCAUUGAAAUGGAGAGAUAGAUGUGCUGCUUAUUUUGCACUUUAUAGAACAUGUCUAAUCAGACAAUCUUCAAAGUCCAUUGAUUGUCAUCAUGAUAAACAUGCAUGGGAAGAAUGUGAAUAUUUGGAUUUGAAGAGAAGAAAGCAAGAAUUGGAAGAAGUUAAAGAAAAGAGAAGGGCUGAGAUUAGAGCUGCUAAAGAAGCAGCAGCUGAAGCAUCAGAAUAG